UCCCCACACUCACUUCAAUCUUUUUAAUAUAUCUAGUUCUUUUUUUCUCAAUUGGACCUGUUACACACAUACAUAUACCUAUACAUACACCCCGUUUCAUAUUCCCCAGCCAAAUAAAAAUCUGGUCACUCAUGCCAUCUACAUCUUUAGCAGUUUUUAUUAAAACAAUUCCAAUUCAUAGUCAAAUUGACACAAACAAUUGAAAAUUUUUACCCCCAAUUUCGAUUAUUUGGUGAUCCACAGUUCUUAGAGGUGCUGUGUCUUAUGUUAAGCUAACCUACUGCUUAUUGCCACUUCCAAUUUUACUCUGUGUUGUGGAGGGGCAGGCUCAUUUUUGAAGAUUAUGAUGCACAAUAGCGGCAGGACUUUAUUUUAGUGUUCAAUUAUGGAAGUGCUUCCUUGUGCUCCUCACGUUGGAGAGUCAGAUUGCCCUAAACCUGAACAAGAAACAGCUUUUAAGGAUGAUGGAAAAUCUGGCUGCCAUCAAGGUUCAGAUUAUGUUAGAACAGAUCUCAAAUUUGAUGACUUAACUCUUACUGUUGGAGAAUCUCAUGAAGUAAGAGAAGAUGGAGGUCAGUUUACAGUCGAGGGUUUCCCUACUUUAAAUGGUGGCUCUAACGAUGAUACAUACUUUGAUUAUGAUCUUGAUGGUCAAACUCUCUCAUGUUACUCCCAUGAUUCUGAAGACAACAACUUUGAAAAAACAGAUGAUUUUGCUGAACCUUGCCAUAUAUUAGAAAACUCUCACCAAAUCUCGAAUACAAUUGGAGGCGGAGUGUCAAGUAACCACCAGGAGGGUUCACCUCAUUUGGAAAUCAAAGGCCUAGAUGAGCCCCAAGCAGUUUGGGUAAAGUGGAGAGGACAGUGGCAGUCAGGGAUUAGAUGUGCAAGGGCUGACUGGCCAUUAUCAACUUUAAAAGCAAAGCCAACUCACGACAGGAAACAAUAUCUUGUGAUAUUCUUUCCUCACACCAGAAAUUAUUCUUGGGCAGAUGUACAACUAGUUCGUCCUAUCGACGAAUUUCCCCAUCCCAUUGCUUACAAGACGCACCAAGUUGGUAUAAAAAUGGUUAAAGAUUUGACACUUGCGCGUCGUUUUAUCAUGCAGAAGUUGGCUGUGGGGAUGCUAAAUAUUCUUGACCAAUUAAAUCGCGAGGCUUUGAUAGAGAGUGCUCGUAAUGUGAUGGUCUUGAAGGAUUUUGCCAUGGAGGCCUCACACUGUAAAGAUUAUUCAGACCUUGGAAAGAAGCUUUUGAAACUUCAGAAUAUGAUACUGACGCGUUGCAUAACUUCAGAUUGGCUACUCAAGUCUUUGGAGUCUUGGAAACAACGAUGUCAUGAUGCAAAUAGUGCAGAAUGCAUAGAAAUGCUAAAAGAGGAAUUGUCCGACUCCAUCUUAUGGAAUGAAGUAAAUUUACUAUCAAGUGAAGCAGCACAGUUGGAUGGGGGAUCUGACUGGAAGAGCUGGAAAUCCGAGGUUAUGAAAUGGUUUUCAGUUUCACAUCCUAUAUCUACAGACGUGGCUUUGGAACCUGUUAGUGAUAGCCCAUUGACCAUGGAACUUCAGACGCCUAAGAAAAGGCCCAAGCUUGAGGUUCGUCGUGCUGAUACGCAUGUGUCUGGUACGUCUGGUACACAUCAACCUGUUCCUGUUGAGACUGAUGCCUCCUUUUUUAAUGGGUACAUGAAUUCGGCAUUGCUGGAAGCUGAAGCUUUAAAAAGAAACAGUCCCGUUGAGGUUGCUGACCUAGCAGGAUCUACUAGUUGUGCAGCUAAUAGUUGGAACGAUAUAGUAGUUGAGGCUGGAAAUGUGGCUGUUACUAAGACUACUACAGAGGUGGACCUGACUCCUUCCAGUGUUGUUACUAAGUUCUCAGAAUCAGGAAAUCAUAAUCGACAAUGCAUGGCAUUCAUUGAAGCUAAAGGAAGACAAUGUGUGAGGUAUGCCAGUGAGGGAGAUGUAUACUGUUGUGUGCAUCUUUCCUCUCGUUUCAUUGGCAGUUCUGCUAAAACCGAAGCAACACCUCCCACCGACUCACCAAUGUGUGGAGGUACCACGGUGCUCGGAACUAAAUGCAAGCACAGAGCUCUAAUUGGUUCUUCAUUCUGCAAGAAACACAGGCCGCAUGAUGGAAAAAACAUUUCAUCUCCUGUUAAUAAACUUAAAAGAAAAUUUGAAGAAAAUCUUAUGUAUCCAGAGGGUACAGGUCCUACUAAAUUGGUUCUUUCCAGAGAAGAUGCAAAUCCUGCCCAUCUAGACCCACUGUUGUUGGAUAGGGGAAAAGACCACCCUCAAGAAAGCAGUGUCAGUGAGAAGACCGAGCAGCCUCAACAAAACUCGCCUAGUGAUGAAACAUUGCAAUGCAUAGGUUCAUGGCCCCAGGUUGGUGAACCCUGUCUCGAGAGUCCCAAAAGGCACUCCCUCUACUGCGAUCAACAUAUACCAAGCUGGCUUAAACGGGCAAGAAAUGGAAAGAGUAGGAUAGUUUCCAAGGAGGUGUUCAUGGAGCUUCUGAAAAAUUGUCAGUCAAGGGAGCGAAAAUUGCAAUUACACCAUGCAUGUGAACUUUUCUACAGGCUUUUAAAAAGCAUAUUAUCUUUGAGAAAUCCAGUACCUAAGGAAGUACAGUUUCAGUGGGCUAUUGCUGAAGCUUCGAAAGAUACCAGAGUAGGGGAAUUUUUAAUGAAAUUGGUCUUCAGUGAAAAGGAGAGGUUAAAGAAGCUAUGGGAUUUUGGAGAUGGUCAAAGCUUGCAAGUUUCAUCAACCGUUGAAGAUUUGGUGCCGGUUCAGGUGCAGAUGCUUAAAGAUAGUUGUGAAGAAACUGUGAUUAAGUGCAAAAUAUGCUCAGAGACUCUUUCUGAUGACCAAGCACUUGGAAAGCACUGGAUCGAGAGCCACAAGAAAGAAGCUCAAUGGCUAUUUAGGGGCUACGUGUGUGCAAUUUGCCUGGAUUCUUUUACUAACAGAAAGAUUUUGGAAACUCAUGUGCAAGAGAGGCAUCAUGUGCAGUUUGUGGAGCAGUGCAUGCUUUUGCAGUGUAUUCCAUGUGGCAGUCAUUUUGGGAAUCCAGAUGAGUUAUGGUCGCAUGUGCUCUCAGUUCAUUCCUCCAAUUUACGUUUGUCUAGUACUGCUCAACAGCAAGAUACCAGUUCAUUGCACAAAAUAGAGGGAAACAUGUUGGGUUCCGUAGAACAUGCAAAGUUUGACAAUCAGUCGGUUAACCGGAGAUUCAUUUGCAGGUUUUGUGGCUUGAAAUUUGAUUUGUUACCUGAUCUUGGUCGCCAUCAUCAAGCUGCUCAUAUGGGAGAGCAAACCUCCAGCGGUCCCCGUUUGAAAAAGAAGGGUAUUCAAUUUUAUGCCCAGAAGCUGAAAUCAGGCAGACUGACUCGUCCUGGAUUUAAAAAGGCUUUGACUUCAGCAUCAUAUAAAAUUAGGAAUAGGAGUGUGCAAAAUUUGAAGAAGCGUAUCCAGGCAUCGAGUUCUAUUGUCCCAACUGAGAUCAUGGUGCAACCUUCUGUACCGGAUGCUGCUACUCUUGGUAGAUUGGCAGAUUCUCAGUGCUCAGCUGUUGCUAAGUUACUAAUUUCUGAAAUAAAAAAGACAAAACUGCGGCCCAAUAAUUCAGAAAUUCUGUCAAUUGCCAGCUCAGCUUGUUGUAAGGUUAGUUUGCAAGCUUCAUUAGAGGAAAAGUAUGGAGUCCUGCCUGAAAGGCUGUACCUUAAAGCUGCCAAACUAUGCAGCGAUCAUAACAUUAUAGUUGAAUGGCACCGAGAUGAUUUUAUUUGUUCUAAAGGGUGCUUGCAAAGUGUUAAGUUUCUGUUUUUGUCUCCGCUGGUGCCAUCAUCAGACAAUUCUUUCAAGACUAGAUGUUCUCCCGUACCUAACCUUUUGAGUUCAGAAUGGACAUUGGAUGAAUGCCAUUGUGUUAUUGAUUCCCAGCACUUUUCCAUGGAUCUUUCUGAGAAAAAUGUUAUUUUAUGUGAUGACAUAAGUUUUGGACAAGAACCCAUGCCGAUAGCUUGUGUGGUGGACGAAAAUAUUUUGAAUGCCGAGGGACCUGAUGGGCAAAGUACAGAGUACUCCUUUCCUUGGGAAAGCUUUACUUACGUUAGAAAGCCAUUGCUUGAUGAAUCCCUUGUUCUUGAAUCAGAGAGUUUGCAAUUGGGGUGUGCUUGUGCUCAUUCAACAUGUUCUUCUGAAACAUGCGAUCACGUGUAUCUUUUUGACAAUGAUUAUGAAGAUGCAAAAGAUAUCUACGGAAAGCCUAUGCACGGAAGGUUUCCAUAUGAUGAGAGAGGUCGCAUCAUAUUGGAGGAGGGUUAUCUUGUUUACGAGUGUAAUCAGAGGUGCAGUUGCAGCAGAGCUUGCCAGAAUAGGGUUUUGCAAAAUGGAGUGCAAGUGAGGUUGGAAAUAUUUAAAACCGAGAGAAAGGGUUGGGCAGUAAGGGCUAGGCAAGCAAUUCCUUGUGGUUCAUUUGUCUGCGAGUACAUUGGUGAGGUUAUAGAUGAAAAGGAAGCAAAUGAGAGACGCAGCAGGUAUAGUACAGAAGGUUGCGGAUAUUUUUAUGAGAUUGAUGCUCGCAUCAAUGACAUGAGCCGACUAAUGGAAGGGCAGGUCUCUUAUGUGAUUGAUGCCACAAAUUAUGGAAAUGUUUCUCGAUACAUUAACCACAGCUGUUCGCCCAAUCUCGUGAAUCAUCAAGUUCUGAUAGAAAGUAUGGACAGUAAGCUGGCACAUAUCGGUCUCUAUGCCAGCCGUGAUAUUGCUUUGGGUGAGGAAUUGACUUAUGAUUUCCGAUACAAGCUGUUACCUGGAGAAGGAUGCCGUUGUGAAUGUGGGGCUUCGAAUUGCAGGGGAAGGCUUUAUUAAUGUGUUAAGAGGGUAAGAAGAUGGUUCAGUGAUGGAUUGAAGCUUAUGCAAUCUAACGUAGCUUACAGUUAGUGCCAUGAAUUCAAUGUAUUAUUUCAGUUUGAUUUUUGCAUAAUGCAGAUGCUUUUAUUUCCUCUAA